AUGGUGGGUGGGUCGGUAUGGCUGGACGGAAGAAUCUCGUCAUCCAGCUGGAAAGUUCGUGCCUUGUCUGUCAAGAGGGAGAUGGAGAUGUCCGAAUCGUCAUGGCGAAGCGACCGAGGAAGGACCAAGGAACGAAACCGCGGAUCCAUCCCUGGCGGACGCGAUCGAUCCUCGUCGUGCCUGUUGCAGUCUAGCGUCCGAGUAGUUCCAGCAGUGCGGGAACCAACACUGACCCUGACAGGCCCAGCCUGUCCUGUCCGCAUGUUCAUCCAAACUUUCAAAGUGGAGAUGAUUUUCAUGAGCGCAGGAUGGAGUAACUAUACAGAAUCUUUACUUAUUGCCACACUUUGUUCCCAGGACUCUGGCACUCACCAUGUCCUUGAUGUCGAUCAUGCCGGAAGAACUGAAAUCUCUCCUGCUAGCUACAGCAAAGCCGAACUCACCUCGCGUCUGCGUCGUCUACCAUUCCCUACCUGCGGACGGGAUACCUCCAACAGCAAGGGGUCCACUUACUUGCAGAUGCCCCAGUGCUCGAGCAAAUUUCAAUCAUUUACUCAGCUCAGCUACCCCACUCGCAAAACUCCGGCUGAGCAGGAGGAUGCCAUGCUCGUGGCUACUGUGGGAGGUACUCUCGAGUACUGCUGCGGUUUACAGACAGACAGACAUAGUAUGCAAGAAUUGGCUGUUGUUGAUGAUUGCAUUAAACCAUCCAUUGCACGCAACCAUAUUGAAUUGGUUUUGAUGGGGUCAGGUAACACAAAGAUCAUGUCGAGUGACUGCUGCUGCUGCCGGUGCAGACAGGGUGCAGAUGGAAAUGGAGGUCUCGUGUGGUAUUUGCUAGCAAUGGAGUGCCCGGCAGGAGUCACGGCAAGUACGGAUUCAGCAUUCCAAUACACCCCGCCCUCUAGACGACCACACUCUACUUCACUUUCACAAGAUUAUCCUAGGUGUUACCAGAAUCUGAUAUACCCGUACUCGGAAAGAAUAAUCGGUGCCAUUAAAUAUUCGGAGUCCCCGUAUACCCGGUCUAAAUAUAUAUCUCCACCUCAAAAUACAGUUUAUGAGUAUCCGUGA